AUGGCUAGCCCCGUCACUGAACAUCGGGGAGAAGAGGCUCAGCAAACCGAGGUCUUGGUCAGCGGCUUCUUGAUCCGCAGCACCCUGGUCAGCGACGCCUUGGUCCACAGCACCCCGGUCAGCAACACCUUGAUCUGCAGCACCCUGGUCAGCGACGCCUUGGUCCACAGCACCCCGGGCAGCGGCGUCUCCGUCAGCGGCGUCCCCGUCAGCGGCGUCCCCGUCAGCGGCGUCCCCGUCAGCGGCGUCCCCGUCAGCGGCGGCGUCCCAGUCAGCGACGUCCUCGUCCACAGCUGGAGGCUGGACCUCGGCAGGUGUCCAGCGUUGGCCGUGGUUCUGGACCCAGGCGCUGUCCAGUGGAUCACGGCUGCGGUAGGGCUUGAGUUGGUCAUGAUGGACAACUUUUACUCUAGAUCUGGGGCUCUUCUGAAUCCUGUAGACCAGAUCGUCCAACUGUCCAAGAACGAAAACGGGUCCUUCGUAAGCGGGAAGAAACUUUCUGACUUUGUUUUGAUGUGA